AUGGAGCCUGGAAUUGUGUCAGAACCUAUAACUACAGGUGAGGAAGGCAGCACUCUGGCACAAACCUCCAUACCUGGCUUUCUGCUGGCGUUGACUGACAACUCGACAGACAACGAUAAUUCAUCAUUCAGCUCCUUGCUGAUGCACGUCCUUGGUAACCAACUCAUGGGAGUUUUCAAUAACUUGACCAGUCCUGAGGAAGCCAACAGCUCUGUUGAUGACUUGACAGGUUUUAUACAAGACUUGUCAUAUGUCCUCCAGAACACCAAGCCUAAAGACAACACCACUACCGGUUCAGCUGUAGCAACCAAACGGGCCUCAGUCAUCCCCAUGACAAUCACCCCUACAACAGCCAUUUCCUCAACAGUAUCCUUUUCAGGAACCACUGAUGCCAACUUCUCGACCAAUAUGUAUGAUCUACACAGUCUCACGGAUGUUAUAUCUAUCCUUCACACAACAAAAGUUUCGGACAUGAGCCUGAGUCACUUAAAUAUCAUUACAUCUCGUAUCGAGACAAUUUUGCACACUCAGCCGUUUGAUGUACUCAACAUGUCUCAUGUGCUGACCUAUCUCAAUUCCGCGACCCAAACCAAUGCUGAUACAGUGCAGAUGUUGACCUCCAUUGUGUCAAAGAUGAUAGCGAACGAUCCCACAGAAGAGGAUGAGGACAUAUUUGGGACAAUGAUGCCGGACUUGAUGCUUACCAUGGAGAGUGUUCUAUCAGCAUCACAUCCAUCAGAUGUUGUCAGUUUCACAACACCUGAAAUAGAGGUUUCGUCGGCAGUGAUUCAGUCAAACGAAAGGAUCGACGGUUAUGUAGUGAUGGAGACCAUUGUUGGGCAAGUCACCAUGCCAGUCAUCCUGGUUGAAGAUGGACAAAUCCGGAUGACCACCAUUGUGUAUCGGAACAUCCAAAAACGUUGGACCAUCCAACAGAGUUAUAGCCACGCCCAGAUUGGAAGUAAUGUCAUGUGUGUCUCGCUUCAGCGACUCCAUAAUACAACAUCAGAAAAACUCAACAUCAGCCAACCAAAGUUAAUCACCAUGGUACUGCCUACCAAAGUCAAUGGAGUAAGUGUUGAAAGAUGAUUAUCACUAUUCUGGAAUUUCAACAAAGGAAUCUGGGACACAGCAGGUGGCCGUCUGCUGACAAAGAAUAUGAGUCAUACAGAGUGUCAAUUUGAUCAUCUCACCAACUUUGCUGUUCUUGUCCUCUACUACGACCAAACACCCAAUAUGUCUAAGCAUCAGAAACAGGCCAUGUUUAUUCUGACAGUGGUCAGCUGUAGUGUGUCCAUCACCUGUUUAGGUGUGUGUAUUAUACUGUACUUAUAUCUACGCCUUCUUUCUGAUGAGAAGAUCCUUAUACAUACCAACUUGUGUGUCGCUUUGAUGUUGGCGCAGCUUGUUCUUGUGACAUCAGACGGGGCGGAGAAAGUCUCGGCUGCGUGUAAGUUAGUGGCGGUGUUACUUCACUUCCUGUUCAUGGCUUCUUUUUCCUGGAUGAUGUUGGAAGGUCUGUCUGUGUAUUUAGCCUGUACACGAGGAUUGUACAACUACGGUGACAUGCGCUUGAAGUUCUUCCUAGUUGGCUGGGGACUUCCAGCAGUCAUUGUUGUUGUAUCAGUUGGUGUGCAAUUUCCGAACUAUGGGGAGACAACUGAUGACAGCUGCUGGCUGUCUGUGAAGGAUGGUUUGAUAUGGGCGUUCCUGGGGCCAAUGCUGGUCAUAAUUGUGUUCAAUUUGUUCAUACUGUGUUUGGUGAUCAAAGUGUUCCUGACCUUAAGGGCUAAUUCAAGAAAGACUCAAGCAGAAAAAUUGCGGGCCAGUGUUAGAGCUAUGGUUACAUUGCUGCCCCUCCUCGGAGUUACGUGGGUUCUCAGCAUUCUGGUCCCCCUCCACUAUGUAUUUCAUUACCUAUUUACCAUCGGUAACUCCAUGCAGGUGAGGAAAGGGUUGAGUGAGAGACGUAAACGACAUUCUAUGACAAGUACGGAGUCAAUCACAACCAUCAACUCCAGUCAACCUAAAAUUGUGAGAUUCAAACAGUUACUUGUGCCAGUGGAGACAGUGGAAAAAGGUAACAAUUUUGGGGAGUGUAAUAGAGGAUUACUGUAA